AUGACUUCACGGAGGCCGGUGGGGGCCCUAGGGGGGUACGCUGCUUCUGCGUGGGGCCUUUACGUUGGGAACGCUGGCAGCCUCUUCCCCACGGGACUCAGACCUCUCACAGUAUCUGCAGGGCAUUCCAGUGUGCAUAUUGUAGCUGCAGCAUCGCGUGCAGCAACAUCAACGGCAGCGGUAGCAACAACAGUAGCAACAGAGGCAACAGCAACAUCACCAGCAGGGGCGACAACGGCAGCAUGGAGGCACGCGAUCACUCGGCGUGCACUUAGCAAACACACAGGAGCCCUGGACACCUCUUUGUCGUCCUUUCUACGGUACCAGUACCGCCAGUACCCCUUCUGCCGUCCAUUGACGACGGGGCCUCCAGGGAUUGCUUCGGGAACCCGUCCAGCGGCAGCAACAACAGCGCCUCCCCCAGUUGCAGAAGGCCCAUCUGUGGAUUUCGAAGGGGUCCAUGAUGUCCGCUUUGACUUAUCGCAGAUACCAGGAACGGAAAAUGCGCGUGAUGGGUAUUUGACCUUGGUUGCCUACACUCGGGGGGUGGUGAUCGUGCGGUGUCCAGGCUGUAGCAACC